UUUGAUUAGUUGCUGUUCGAUCGUCUAUCUGAACACAUCGCAGCAAUAUUUCUUUCGAUUUCAUUCAAAAGUUUUACACAAAAUGAAACUAUUUAUAUUGGUCGUGUUUUUAAUACAUUUUUGCUUAGCUGAUGUAGCACCAAAUACAAGUUCAUCUGGUGCAUUUUAUGAAUACGAUACCACUCGAAAUGGAUGGUACAUUGGUACAAGUCCAAUUGUUGUGAAUCUUCGUCAACACCAUUAUCCCGGCGUUCCGGAUCGCUAUCACGAUUUUGUCAAUCGUACAUUGGCCAGACAACCAAGCGGCGUUUGCCAGAAAGAAAUUCCAACCACAUCACUUUUGGUGGCAGGACAAUCAAUUCCCCGCGGGAAUGGGUCAAAUCCAACAUUGAGUCGUAUAUCGGUGUGUUGUCAAGGUUAUCAACGUGAUCCGCAUGUUGUACGUAAAUGUAACCCCAUUUGUCAUUCGGAUUGUGUAAAUGGCAUAUGUUACGCACCAAAUGAAUGCAUUUGCUAUCCAGACCACGUUAAGAACUUGGCCGGCCAAUGUGUGCCAACCUGUCCAAUUGGCUGUGACAACGGUGAAUGUCAGGGUAAUACAUGUGUCUGUAAGCCAGGCUAUGCAUUGGAUCAGGCUGGCAAAAUGUGUGUCCCUGUUUGUAAUCCACCAUGCGGCAAAGGAAGUUGCUCGGCACCAAACACAUGCUCAUGUAACCGGGGCUAUGAAUUGCAAGAAAACGGUGCAUGCGUUCCAAAGUGCACAAAUGGCUGUGAUUACGGUGAAUGUGUUGCACCGGAGAGAUGCGAUUGUCGACCUGGUUUUAAAUUGCAAAAUUCAAUUUGUUCACCAGUUUGUGAAAAAGGUUGCAUAAAUGGCGUUUGCACAGCGCCAAAUCGGUGUUCAUGCCGCAAUGGAUGGACUGUAGAUAAGAGCGGAACAAAUUGUCAACCAAAAUGUGAUAAGCCCUGUUUGAAUGGUGAUUGUGUUCGUCCAAAUGAAUGCGAAUGUAAGCCCGGAUAUAGAGCAGAUCCAAGUGAUUCACACAGAUGCAACCCGCAUUGUCCUGAACCAUGUGUAAAUGGUGUUUGCAGUUCUCCCGGCCUGUGCUUGUGUAACGUUGGCUUCGUCAAGGAUCGUUCCGUGAGAGGUAGUCAAAUUUGUAUACCAAGAGAAUGAUGAUGCAAUCCAACAUUUUGUGAGUCACAAAUUGUGACACAAAAAAUCUAGUAAUAAACAUGAUAAAUUGGGAUGAAUUCACGAAAAUAACACAUAAAUGGUGCUCAAUAAAUGAUUCAAACAUUGGCAAA